CGCAUUUUAACGUUUCUCUAUAUAUACCACUAUUGCAUCCUAACCGGCACACACACUCAUACUCUGUCUUCAUCCUCGUUGAAACUUCUCACAGAGCCAAAGCUGUUCUCUUUUUUCAUCUGGUUUGCUUGUGAACAAGAGGUGUAUUUGGUCUGAUGACAAGUCCUUGCUUGGGUCUAAAGAACCACUGGUGACCAAAAUUGUGAAAAGGAGUUCCUUGAUUUUCAUCAAUUCAUGGCAUUUCAGCACUACAUUUCCCGGGAUUUGAAAACCAUCCCAAAUGCUGUGACUGAGACAGAAAACUCCAAUGGUUGUUUUGAUUGCAACAUCUGCCUAGACUUUGCACAUGAGCCGGUGGUGACCCUAUGUGGCCACCUCUACUGCUGGCCAUGCAUCUACAAGUGGCUCCAUGUCCAAAGUGAUUCUCUUGCACCUGAUGAGCAUCCACAAUGCCCCGUUUGCAAGGCAGAUAUAUCCAAUAGCACAAUGGUCCCACUCUAUGGCCGUGGCCAUGCCGCCACAGCUGAAGGCAAAACAUCUUCUUGUGAUGUUUUUAUACCACCAAGACCAUCUGCUUCAUGUGUUCAAGCCCUUUUGGCAGCAUCAUCUCAAAGGGGUCAGCACCUUCCAUAUCGUAAUCCUUAUCAGGGUCACUACUUCAGCUCUCAUCCAUACCAAGAAGAGGAUGAUGCCACUUCACAAAUGCUCAAUCUUGGAUCCCACCACCACCCUGUGACUGGGAUGUUUGGGGAGAUGGUUUAUGCCAGAGUGUUUGGCAACCCAGAAAAUUUGUAUGCAUACCCCAAUUCUUAUCAGCUGAUGGGAAGUGCCACCCCUAGAUUGAGAAGGCAAGAGAUGCAGGCACACAAAUCUUUGAACAGAAUUUCUAUUUUUCUCUUUUGCUGCUUCCUUCUUUGUCUUGUUGUCUUCUAAGUGAGCACUUGAGAUUAUUUUCUCUCAUUCUCUGUUGUAUACUUUGUAAAGAAGCAUGGAUGCAACUUUUAAAAACUUGAUAGAUCAUUGAGUAAAUUAUCACAGGCUAAAGAGCUUGUGAGUCUAUACUGCAUC